AGGAAGCCGUCGCCGCGGUCACAGCGGGGAGCCCGGCCUUGCCGGACGCGCGCGAGCAUGUGGACGCUGCUGGCCCGCGCCGGGGCGCCGCUCCUGCGGGUGCCUUUGUCAGAUUCUUGGGCAGCGCUGCCCUCCGGUGCUGGCCUGAAGACGCUGCUCCCGGUGCCAACUUUUGAAGACGUUUCCAUUCCUGAAAAGCCCAAGCUUAGAUUUGUUGAAAGAGUACCACUUGUGCCCAAAGUAAGACGAGAACCUAAAAACUUGCGUGACAUACGGGGACCUUCCACUGAAGCUACUGAGUUCACCGAAGGCAAUUUUGCAAUCUUGGCACUGGGUGGUGGCUAUCUCCACUGGGGCCAUUUUGAAAUGAUGCGUCUGACAAUCAACCGCUCUAUGGACCCCAAGAACAUGUUUGCCAUAUGGCGAGUACCAGCGCCUUUCAAGCCCAUCACGCGCAAGAGCAUCGGGCAGCGCAUGGGAGGAGGAAAAGGUGCCAUUGAUCACUACGUGACACCCGUGAAGGCUGGUCGCCUUGUAGUAGAGAUGGGUGGGCGCUGUGAAUUCAAAGAGGUGCAGGGCUUCCUUGACCAAGUUGCCCACAAGCUACCCUUCCCCGCAAAGGCCGUGAGCCGGGAAAUUCUAGAGAAGAUGCGGAAAGUUCAAGAGGAGCGAGAACGCAACAAUCAGAACCCCUGGACCUUUGAGCGCAUAGCCACUGCCAACAUGCUGGGGAUACGGAAAGUACUGAGCCCCUAUGACUUGACCCAGAAGGGGCGAUACUGGGGCAAGUUCUAUAUGCCUGGGCGUGUGUAGUGAGUGUAAGAGAUAAAUGUGCAGAGGCAGAUGAGAGAAAGGAUCUGCAUUUCGCUCCCCUCAGCCUGCCUGCCCUUAAAGUCUGGGUAGCUCUUAUGGCAUGACGAAGGAGCAGCAUAGCAGCUGAUGACUUCUGACAAACUGUUAUUUGUUGGUUUUUAAAAAUAUGUUUAUAUUAAAGUGUGAGAAUCAACUUUAA